AUGGUUCUAAAGCCAGAUAGCAGUAUCGACUCCAUAGCGGUUGUCGACGGUACAACGAUCUCCCGGGCAAGUGAAGGAUCACCAACCAUCUAUAAGUACAGCCCCUCUGACUGGGAACAAUCUGCAGGCACCGACAAUUCGUUCACGCCCAAGCCACAUCCACUCACUACUUCUGUUCUCUUCACUUUCCAUAUCACCACCAUGAAGGCCUUCACCGCAGCUCUGGUCCUCGCCGCUGCCGUGGCUUCGGCUGCUCCUCUUGCCGACCCUAUUGCCGAACCCACGCUCAACACUCGUGUGGGCGCCUUCUCCACAGAGGCAUGCUACGGCGACUGGUGCGAGAAGAAGCGCGAGCCCGCCGCCGAAGCCACGCUAAACAUUCGUGUGGGCGCCUUCUCUACAGAGGCAUGCUACGGCGACUGGUGCGAGAAGAAGCGCGAGGUCGCCGAGCGCUCCGCCAAAGAGGCGCGCAAGGCCGACGCCAAAACGAUAAACACCCGCAUCAACGGGAGUCAGAACUACACUGGUGGAGGCAAGAAGCGGGAUGCGAAGACUAUCAACACCCGCAUCAAUGGGUCCCAGAACUACACUGGUGGCGGUAAGAAGAGGGAGGCUGAGGCUGAGGCUCAGGCUCAGGCUGAGAAAUGA